AUGACACCUCCCGUUAAGGUCAAGGGCCCGAACACAGCCAAUAUACAACGGAUGCGCCGGAUCAUUGCUGAGGACGCUGAGUGGUCAUUGGCCAUUGUGCCCCUGCUCACAGAGCUCUGCAUUCAGCACAUUGUCAAGAACUUCCAGAACAACCCUAUCCUGAAGCAGCUGCUCCCUGAGCACCAGCAGAAGGUCCUGGAACACCUUUCCCCAGACCUGCCGGUGGCUGUGACUGCCAACCUGAUCGAGAAUGAGAACUAUUGGCGCCGCUGCUGCACGCAGCGCUGGCCCAUGUGCCACGUGGCUAAGCAUGGCGGCAGCUGGAAGCGCAUGUUCUUCGAGCGGCACCUGGAGAAUCUGCUAAAGCACUUCAUUCCUGGCACCACAGACCCCGCCAUCAUCCUUGACUUGCUGCCGCUCUGCAGGAACUACGUGCGCAGGAUCCAAGUGGAUCAGUUCCUUCCGCCUGUUCGGUUCCCGCCCCCACCCCGGGACGGGGACCAGUCAGACUCUGGCAGUGAGGGAGAGAUGGAGGAGUCUGCCACCGACCACUACCAGCUGCGUGACCUGGUAGCUGGUCUGAAACACUUAGAGGAGCUUGACCUGGUGUAUGGUGUCAAGGACUGUGGCAUGAACUUCGAGUGGAACCUUUUCCUCUUCACCUACCGAGACUGUAACUCCCUAGCGGCCACCGUCAAGGCAUGCACCACCCUCAAGGUCUUCAGGCUGACCCGAAGCAGGGUGGAUGAUGACAAGGCACGCAUCCUGAUUCGCAGCCUCCUAGACCACCCAGCCCUUGAAGAGCUGGACUUGUCCCACAACCUCAUUGGAGACCGUGGUGUGCGCGCCGCCGCCAAGCUGCUGAGCCACAGCCGCCUGCGCAUACUCAACCUGGCCAACAACCAGGUGCGCGCACCAGGUGCCCAGUCUCUGGCUCACGCCCUGGCACACAACACCAACCUUAUCAACCUUAAUCUCCGCCUCAACUGCAUCGAGGAUGAGGGUGGCCAGGCACUGGCCCAUGCUCUGCAGACCAACAAGUGCCUCACCACACUGCACCUGGGUGGCAAUGAACUGUCAGAGCCCACCGCCACGCUCCUGUCCCAGGUGCUCUCUGUCAACACUACACUCACCAACAUCAACCUGUCCUGCAACCACAUCGGCCUGGACGGCGGGAAACAGCUCUUGGAAGGGAUGUCAGACAACAAGACCCUUCUGGAGUUUGACUUGCGCCUAUCAGAUGUGGCCCAGGAAAGUGAAUACCUCAUUGGCCAGGCCCUCCAAGCAAACCGAGAAGCAGCCCGCCAACGGGCCUUGAAUCCCAGCCACUGCAUGUCAUCCACCACCACCGAUACUGAGAAAACUGCAGGAUGA